AUGGGUGACAAGUUCAAGGAAUUCAUCAAGAAUCCCUUCUCGUCUUCAUCCUCUGGUAAAUUCAAGGGCCAAGGUAGAGUGUUGGGGUCGUCUUCAUCAGGUCCCGCUAAUUCGGCCCUCCUCCGCCAAUCGCAGGCUCCCCAAUCCAAGCCCAAGCCCAACCCCGUUUCAAAUUCAAAUUCAAAUUCUAGUUCAUCGGCUGCCUCGCCAAAUCCCAAGCCUUCGCCUCAGAAAACACAGAAUCUUGAUCAGAACAAGCCGGAGUUUUCGAAUAAUUCCAAACCUAAUCGCAAGCCGGAAAAUGGGUUUGAUCCAUUUGACUCUCUGAUCACUCCGGGGAAGAGAUCCCAAAAUGGGUAUACGCUAAAUGUCUACGAAUGUCCAAUCUGCGGCCAAUCUUUUAGGUCAGAAGACGAAGUCUCCGUACAUGUAGAUACCUGUGUUAAUACUUCGGUGGACAAUAAAAGUGCAGAGGGUCCUGGUGUUUCAGGGUCGGAUGAUAUCGGGGUUGGGUCGUCUCGGAGUGAAUUGGAAGCUCGCAUUGGCACCUUUGCCUCAGGAAAUCCGGCUACAGGAUCGGUGGAGGUUGUUCUUAGGCUGUUGAGGAAUAUAGUUAAGGAACCGGAGAACGUGAAGUUCAGAAAGAUUCGGAUGAGUAAUCCAAAGAUAAGGGAGGCCAUUGGUGAGGUUGUGGGAGGCAUGGAGUUGCUGGAGUUUGUGGGGUUUGAAUUGAAAGAGGAGGAAGGGGAUAUGUGGGCAAUGAUGGAGGUCCCUUCGGAGGAACAAAUUAGUUUGAUGAAAAAUGGAAUAGCGUUACUGGAACCACCGAAGGUACAAGAACUUCAAAAGAUCGAAAAUUCUCCAUCAAUUGAUACACCUAAGGUGGAUGAACAGAUUGAACCAAAGAAGGUCGACCGCCAGACCAAGGUCUUCUUUUCUGUCUCUGAAAGUGUAGCAGCAAGAAUUGAGCUACCAGAAUCUUUCUAUAACCUGUCAGCUAUGGAACUAAAAAGAGAAGCUGAAACGAGAAAGAAGAAGAUUGAAGAUUCGCAGAUGUUGAUCCCAAGGUCAUACAAGGAAAAGCAGGCAAAAGCUGCUAAAAACAGGUACAGAAAAACUGUUGUCCGGAUCCAGUUUCCUGAUGGAGUGGUGCUCCAGGGUGUUUUUUCUCCUUGGGAGUCAACUAGCUCUCUAUAUGAGUAUGUGAGCUCGGCAUUGAAAGAGCCUAGUUUGGAAUUUGAGCUGUUAAAUCCUGUAGCUAUCAAACGGCGGGUGAUCCCUCAUUUUCCUAGAGCAGGGGAGAAAGCUGCAACACUAGCUGAUGAGGAUUUGGUCCCCUCAGCUCUUGUCAAGUUUAAACCUAUUGAAACUGAUUCUGUUGUUUUCACGGGGCUGUGUAAUGAACUCCUUGAGAUUAGUGAACCGCUUACAAGUGGUUCAGCUGUUGCUCCUGUAUAA